AUGUAUCAGGGAUGCAGAAAGGUGCUUACCUUUCUCAUCGUAAUCUUACUGGUUGUCAACAGUGCCGCCGGAGUAAACCGUAUAGCAGGCUUAUAUACUGACGACCCUGGCUUGGACUCCAAGUUCCCUCUUGAACAGCUGAAGGAAGAAGCUGAGGACCUUCUCAAAGAGACCGAUAUAGUUGUACAGACACGUAGUGAUGAGCUGGCUGACCCUGGUUUCAUAUCAUCUUUCAUCGUUUACCCAAAUGGACUUGCUCACGCGAUGCUCGGAUUCUAUCACGUGCAAAUGGCCCGAUACGCUACUGAUCUUCUGGAAACAAUGUUGAGUCGUGUGAAAGGGGCAGGGGAGUACACGCAUGCAUCCAGCAAAUACCCCGAGGAUGACGAGUUACAUGCAUGUGGGUGUUCCAGCGCAGGGUACCUAAAUUGCACGAUGGAUUGCAUACGAAAUGCCGGUGUCCCGAUUGAAAACCUCCUGAUGGGAGCGACCGUUUUACGGGACUCGGUACCCAAGAUGCAGAAAAUAUGGGCGGUCUCUGAGCUGGCGAUGGGUGGCAGAGACCAGAAGAUACAAGCGAAUCUGGAUAGGGCGGAUGAACUCAUGAGGCGUGUCGCGGACAAGACUUUGACGCUCGAAGAUCCUGUACAUUUGUGA